AUGUCGGACACCACGGCCUCGGACUCGUCCAGGGCCCUACGCAUCCAGAGGGCCAAGAUACGGGCUCGGAUCAAGCAAAGAAGCUCCAGGAUUCUAUCGCUGCUUGGUCUUCGCAGUUCCGCUCAGGCUACCAAAACAACCAUUGCGGCGCCCGAGAGUCCAAAGCCAGGGCACCUCGCUGGCCCUCCGCAUCCACUUCACACCCACCCACACACUGGAUCAACCGAUGGCGCGGAGAACGCUCCACCAGGGGACAGGCGGUGCUGUUCAGGGACACCGCGUGUCUCCUUCGAAUUUCCACGGCUCUCAAGGGUGGAAGAUCGAUCUCGUCUACGGAAGACAGAUAUUCCAGAGAACGAGAACUCCGGUGAUACCGGACUUGGGCGAAGCCAAUCCUCCCCAGCGGGUCUGACUGGUAUCAUUUCACGUACUUUGUCCACCAAAUUCGGAAAUCCCACCGUGAUCCGUCGAUCGCGUCUACGCUCACGCCCCAGCCUUCGCACCGUUCACUUUGGGGAAACACGAGAUGACCCACUCCGCCAGGGGGAUAGUGCCAAUGAUAGUUCUGUGCCCUCGACUUGCCUCGAAGAUAGCACAUCUCCGGUGAGCUCGAAGUCGACACCACCAACGUCUACGGAGCCUUCAGAUAGGUCGAGCAACAAACAGAGAUCAUUUCCGUCCAGCCUAGGUGUUGGAACCACACUUGACCCCAUUCGGGAAACAUCCCGAGCAUCGCCAUCCGUUCUCACCGUUGAAGCUGCUGCUAACGCAAAGGUGUUUCUGGAGACGUACUUCCAUACCCUUUGGUCCGACGGGGAUCCACGUUUGCAACGGAGGUAUGAGUUGGAACAUUAUAUCUACUCAUUCCCCCUCACAACGGAAGAACGAGGGAGGAUUUGGAGGAACUGGAUUGCGCAAGAGCGAGAAUAUCUUCGGCAAUGUCGGGUCCUUAAGGCCCGUUCUCAAUCAGUUCCCCAUAACCAAGCUGCGGCGGUGGCUGAGUUCGAAGUCAUCAAAGUCUUGGGGAGAGGAAGUUUCGGGGUCGUCCGUCUAGUGAGGGAAAAGGGCUUAUAUUCUUACGAUAAUUGUGUCUCUGCCACGAACGAGGUGCGGGUCUCGAGCCCCGAGCCUUCCAGUGAAGGUAUCUCCCACAAAGAACGAAGAAAGGUCAUGGUAGGAGUGAAAAAGGACGUUUUCGCUAUGAAAGCGAUUCGAAAGUCGGCGAUGAUCCGCAAUUGUCAAGAAGGGCAUCUGAGGGCCGAGAGAGAUUUCCUGGUUGCGUCCGCGAAAUCUCGCUGGAUUGUGCCCUUGAUCGCCAGUUUCCAGGACCACAAUUAUCUGUACCUCAUCAUGGACUAUAUGGUUGGCGGAGACUUCCUCGGCUUGUUGAUGCGCCGAUGUACACUUCCAGAAACUGUCGCGCGCUGGUACAUCGCGGAGAUGAUUCUCUGCGUGGAAGAAGCCCAUCGCCUUCGAUGGAUUCACCGCGACGUCAAGCCGGAUAACUUCCUCAUCUCAGCCUCGGGGCACCUGAAGAUCUCGGAUUUCGGAUUGGCGUUCGAUGGACAUUGGGCGCACGACCAAGCGUAUUUCACUGAGCAUCGUUACUCAUUGGUGAAGAGGCUGGGGAUCCAAGUUGAGGGGGACACGCAAGAUCGAAAAGAAGCCAAAAAGGCAGCCAAGACAGCUUCUAAAUCACGACAGAGCUACUCCAAUGAUGAGAUAACAUGUCCACCACCGGCUGCUGGUCUCUUGGGAUGGCGUGAUCGCAAUCAGAGACGAAGGCUAGCCAGAAGUGUCGUGGGAACCAGCCAGUACAUGGCUCCUGAGGUAGUCCGAGCUGAUUUGUACGACGGACGAUGUGACUGGUGGAGUGUGGGUAUCAUCCUCUACGAGUGUCUGUACGGAUUCACGCCCUUUGCGUCGGAAGACCGGCAGAAGACUAAGAUAAAGAUUCAUAAACACUAUGAAACGUUGCAUUUCCCUCUGCAAAAGAAGACAUCAGACAAACGAAUCUCUCCGGAAGCAAUCGAUCUCAUCACACGCCUACUCCAGGAAAAGGAGUAUCGCCUAUCGUCGAGCAAAUACAGAGAGAAUGACGUCUUGAAGACGGGAUUCAACCCCAGGCCCUUCUUCUACAACAUCGACCCCCGUAACCGCGACCAAAGGGUCUCCUUCGUAUACUCAGACGAUGCCACAGAUAUCAAGGCACACCCUUUCUUUCGUGGAACUCGAUGGGACGAAAUACACCGUUCAAUACCCCCGUUUGUGCCCAAGGUGAGGGGAUGGGACGAUACCCGAUAUUUUGACGAUUGUAGUCUGUUGGUUGAAGACGAUGCUAUGUCAGCCGUCUCUGACCUCGAUGAACCCGAAGACGAAGCCAAUGAAGACGAUGUUCAGUGUGAACAGGGUUCUGAAGGGGGUGUGGAGUUGCCAAACCCCAAAAAGAAAGAGGAAAAGAAACGGCCACGAGACAAACUGUUACGGGAUAAGGCCGUGGGCCGGAGGGUUCUCGAAAUGCGCAAGAACGGCGUCUUUAUGGGGUACACAUACCGCCGUCCCAAGGCCGUCGCCAUGGCUUUCACUCCCGAUCGAGGCCGGCCUUACUUCUCUCAAGGUCAUCUGUCUGAGCUAUACGGGUGA